AUGGAUACAGCCCUCAGCGCCCUACACUUCUACCAGCCCCUCCUCGAGCGUGCAGCCCCCACCGUCACACUUACCGAGCAGCUGCGCGUGCUGCGCCAGAGUAUCACCGUCUAUGAGUCCGUACUGAGGGGUAUCCAGCGGCGGCUGCGUACUGUGGCUAAGGGCGAUAUUGUGGAGCGGAAGGAGUUGAGGGAGAAGGGCGAGUGGUAUGCCCGCACGUAUAGAGCGCUGAAAGAGAAUGAGAGGGAGAUAGUCAAGGCAAUGGUGGCAAGCCCAGCGGAUAGAGGGGUUGAAAGGAGUAGAGUGGGGUGGUAG